AUGUGCUUACCCCUGUACGAACGCCUAUGCAUAAGUAUUUCGACUUUCCAGAUAUGUGAUUUUGGUCUGGCUCGAAUUACUGAUCCCGAAUACGAUCAAUCAGGUGUGCUAACUGAGUACGUUGCCACAAGGUGGUACAGGGCUCCGGAGAUUAUGCUCACUUCAAAGGUCUACACAAAGGCGAUCGACAUCUGGUCUGUUGGCUGCAUUCUUGCCGAGAUGCUUAGCCAUCGAGUACUCUUUCCUGGAAAACAUUGUAUCCUUUACUCAGUUAACUAUGACCUGUAA